ACUCGACUAAACUCCACUCCAGCACUACAUCACUGGAGCGUCGCUGAUGUAGGAGCUGCACUACUGAGGGGUGCUGGACUUUCUGAGAUUUUUCAUUGGCGGACGGAGUCCAAAAGCUCCAGUCAGGAAACGUGUCAGGUUUCAGGGAACGGGUGGGGGAGUGACAUUUCUUCAGGGGGAGAGAGAGAGAGAGUAAGAAGGAGGGGAAAAAAACUCCUAAGCCUGACAAAAGCGUAUGAGAAGACGAUCAAGGUCCUCGGAGACUGAGAAGAUCUUCAGACUGGGCUGUGAGCGUGGACGCGUGGAACGCGUGUAGUGUGCGUGUUUAGUGCGCGCGUGCGUGUAGGAACGUCGGGACAGCCGCUUUUUCACACGUUUUCAAGAAAGUCGUCUCCUUCUUGCCUGAUUUUAAGGAGCGCAGAUUUCGGACUGUCUGAGAAAUCCAGGAGGAUCUGAACUUGGAGGACGUGAAGGACUCUAAGGAGGGAGAAAACCCGCAUCAUUCUGUUUUCCAAAACUGUUUGGACGGAUCAUCAUAAUGACCUCAUAAUAAACAACAACAACAAAACUCCUGCGGAAUUUUUUGCGGUCUUCCCAUUUGACAAUGCUGAUCUCUGUCCAGGAUCACUGAUUUCUUUCUUUGGCUUUCUGACGCUUUGUUUGUUUGUUUGUUUGUUUGUUUGUUUGGUUUUUUGCCGACCUGUGGAUUUUGGGGUAGUGAAUUCUGAGUGGUGAAGAAGUUGUUGGAAGAAAAAGAAAAGAAGUCGCUUGCUGCAGUCGUUCAUGCGGAUUAAGAAGCUCAGGGAUCCGGGCCGCAGGAGUGAUUGGAUCCUUCCAGUGAGCUUCAGUUCAUGAGCUGCCGUCUGCAGUUCAUGGUCGGGUGGAAGCCCUCAGAUGGGAUCAGUGUCCAGGGGGAGGUGGAGGAAAGGGGGAUGGGGAGGUGUGUCUGCCACUGACGUCAUGCCCACCUGGCCAUGGCUUAUGAUUGCGAUUCUGCUGGUGAGCCUGGCAUCGGUUGUUCGGGCACGGCCGCCCAUUGUGCCCAGCGAAGAGGAGGAGGCUACAGUUGUUGACGAGCCUCCCAUCAAUUCCGAGAGUUCAAAGGCCACCGUGUGCUCGGUGCACCCAGGGGACAUUGUGAAGCUGAACUGCCCGCUGCCUGAGGCAGUUGCCAUCGUGUGGACCAAAGACGGCACGUCGCUUAUUCCGGACAACCGUACGCUCAUUGAGCGUGAGCAGCUGCACAUCCGCCGUGCUGCACCGACCGACUCGGGCCUGUACGCAUGCCAGGCCACUGGCGCUAAGGCCACUGAUGUGGUUUGCUUCAUUGUUAAUGUCACAGAUACCAUCUCAUCGGGCGACGAUCAGGACGACGCUGAGCGAUCGGAUGAUGUCGGGGCAGACACCGAACAGAUGCGGGCACCACGGUGGACUUCGCCAGAAAAGAUGGAGAAAAGGCUCCAUGCUGUACCAGCAGCCAACACAGUGAAGUUCCGGUGUGCAGCGGUGGGAAACCCAACCCCGACGCUACACUGGCUCAAAAACGGGAGACCGUUCCGGCCAGAAGACCGCAUGGGUGGCUAUAGGGUCCGACACCAGCAUUGGACUUUGAUCAUGGAGAGUGUGGUUCCUUCGGAUAAAGGCAACUACACUUGUGUGGUGGAGAACAAAUAUGGCUCAAUCAACCACACCUACACCCUGGAUGUAGUUGAACGUUCUCCACACCGGCCCAUUCUUCAGGCAGGUCUGCCAGCCAACGCCACAGUACACGUGGGAGAGGAGGCUCGCUUUGUAUGUAAGGUGUAUAGCGACGCCCAACCACACAUCCAAUGGCUACAUCACAUCAUGAAGAACGGAAGCCACUACGCCCCCAAUGGAGACCCUUAUGUUCGUGUCCUCAAGACGGCAGGUGUAAACACCACGGAUAAAGAGAUUGAGGUCCUCUUCCUGCCCAACGUUACUUUCGAGGACGCUGGUGAAUAUACGUGCUUGGCGGGUAACUCUAUUGGGAUCUCCUAUCACUCUGCUUGGUUGACGGUUCUUCCAGCCGAGACGAAUAUUGCUGAGCCCGAAUAUCCUCCAGACUACGUUGAGAUCGCCAUUUACUGCAUCGGCGUGUUCCUUAUCGCCUGCAUGGUGGUGAUCGUAAUCAUCUGCAGAAUGCGGACGUCCAUCAAGAAGCCCGAUUUCGGAGGCCAACCUGCUGUACACAAGCUCACCAAACAGAUCCCACUGCGCCGCCAGGUAACAGUUUCAGCUGACUCGAGCUCCUCGAUGAACUCCAACACACCCUUGGUGAGAAUCACAACACGCAGAAGCUCCGAGCACGAGCACAUCAUCCCUGAGUAUGAGCUCCCUGAAGAUCCUCGCUGGGAAUUCUCCAGAGACAAGCUGACGCUGGGCAAGCCGCUUGGUGAAGGCUGUUUUGGUCAGGUGGUGAUGGCAGAAGCGCUGGGCAUUGAUAAGGACAAACCCAAAGAAGCCGUUACCGUAGCAGUCAAGAUGUUGAAAGACGAUGCGACAGAAAAGGACCUCUCAGACCUGGUGUCAGAGAUGGAGAUGAUGAAGAUGAUUGGCCGGCACAAAAACAUCAUCAACUUGCUGGGGGCGUGUACACAAGACGGCCCACUAUACGUGAUAGUGGAAUACGCAUCCAAAGGGAACCUGAGGGAGUACCUGAGGGCCAGAAGACCACCGGGGAUGGAGUACUCAUACGACAUCGCUCGUGUUUCUGAAGAACCGCUCACUUUUAAAGAUCUGGUCUCCUGCACUUAUCAAGUGGCCCGCGGCAUGGAGUAUUUAGCUUCUCAGAAGUGUAUACACAGAGACCUAGCUGCCAGAAACGUGUUGGUCACCGAGAGCAAUGUGAUGAAGAUCGCAGACUUUGGCUUGGCCAGAGACGUCCACAACAUCGAUUACUAUAAAAAGACCACCAAUGGUCGUCUGCCGGUGAAGUGGAUGGCUCCUGAGGCACUUUUCGACCGCGUCUACACACACCAGAGCGAUGUAUGGUCGUUCGGGGUGCUAAUGUGGGAGAUCUUCACAUUGGGUGGCUCACCGUACCCUGGAAUUCCUGUGGAAGAGCUCUUCAAACUCCUAAAGGAGGGCCAUCGGAUGGACAAACCAGCCAACUGCACCAAUGAUCUGUAUAUGAUGAUGAAAGACUGUUGGCACGCGAUCUCUUCACAGAGGCCUACAUUCAAGCAGCUGGUGGAGGAUUUGGACCGCAUUCUCACGCUGGCAAGCCAAGAGGAAUACAUUGACCUGUGCGCUCCAACAGAGCAGUACUCGCCGUGUUUCCCGGACACUCGUAGCUCCUGCUCGUCUGGAGAUGACUCGGUGUUCUCUCAUGAGCCUUUACCUGAUGAGCCAUGCCUUCCCAAAUACCAGCACAUCAACGGUGGCAUAAAAACAUGAGGCACUUGGAAGCACACAACACACCACCAGGAGACGUCUGACUCUUCAAACUCUUGUCUUCCUCUACUUUUUGCCUCGUUUCCUUCCCUCACCGCUCCCGCUGGACUUACGGAGCAUGGGAUGCAGGGAUUCCCGGCAAUGCUGCUGUCCUUUAAGAUGAACUAGUAAGUGUGUAAUGAAACACACGCACUCUUAAUGAAAAAAAAAAAGAAAAAAAAAUCCCAUGACCAAGCUCUUAAACAGAGAUUGCAGACCCAAAAAUACUUUUAAACUUUUUUUUUUUUUUGACUGAAAAGUGAGUUAUUCCCAAGGGUCCUUUCUCUGUCUUUUUUUUUUUUUAAACUUCAACAAAUUUUGCUUUGUGUUUUCAACGUUCUUCAGCGUUCUGGCCAGUGAUUCCAUGGUGCAGCUCGGCGUUCCAAGGACUCUUCAUUACCGAGAAGAGGGGAAAAAAAACCCGAACCACAGUAAAUGAAACGAGCGAGAGACUAAAAGGGAGAAAAACAGGAAACUUGUUAAAAAGGAAAACUCCAGCUAGCACAUAAAAGGACAUGAAAAAAAUUAACUACACUGCUUAUGGUCUAUUUUUGAAAGAUUUUUUUUCCACAUUCCGUUUUUAUAUUGAUAACACAGUUAUCAAAUGAAAGCCCAUGCAGUUAUUCUUAAAGGAUAAAAAAAUUACAUGGUAUAUAGUUUUGGGUAUAUUUGUAAAUAUAUUAAAAAUAUGUAAAAUAUAUAAAUUUAUAUAUAAAUAUUAUAUUUACAGUGAAUUAUUUUUUUGUAUGGACUCCUGAAUAAUUCCUCUUUUUUCUUCAUUUUCCUCAAGUGGACAAAUUUACUGCCAAUUUUUUUUUACAUUGUCUAUAUAUAUUUUUUUUCUAUUCUACAACAUUCCCAGAAAUAUGUUCUCACACAAACACAAACACAAAGGAACCUGUCUUAACUUCACUUGCUGACACAGCAUUGGCUUUCAGGGAAAGAGCUAGCACGUUAAUUUAUUGAUUUAUGGUUUUUAAAAAAUGAAUCAAAAGUACAGAAAAUCACUACAAUAAUGAACAUAUGAAUUAAUUACAGUAGAAACAGAAGCAAUUAUUCAUAAUGAAUAUUUUUAACUUAAAGAGAUUUUGUACCAUUGAUGCAAUGGUACAAAGAAUAUUUUUUUGUAGUGGGUACUCAGCACAUUCAUGCUUCCAAUGUUUUUAUAUACACAAAUGUGAAUAUUAAGUUAAAUAUAAAAUAAUGUACAUUUUUAUAGCCAGCUAAUCCCUUCUUUUUUUUUUUUUUUGUAGAGGAUCUUGUUUUAACCAGCUAAUUUUACUCUGUGCCAAGGUUUUGCAUUUGAAUGUGAGAAAUUCAGGAUAUUUGUUAGAGGGAUAAAGGAUUUUUUUGCAGAAACACCUGUUCGUCUUGGGUUAAUUGAUUUACAGGUACAAUGUAGUUUUCAGAAUCACACACACACACGCAUGCACGCACGCAUGCGCAUGCAAAAGUAUUACAGUUUGUUCACGUGUUCAUUUUCAUUAUCUACCUGACAGAUGAGAUGAUAUUGUUCUCAACAAGUGUUCCUGAUAGGUUUGCAAAAUUAAAGAUGAUAAAAAUGACAA